AUGAAUAGAACGCAGAUGCAGAUUAAAGGUCUCGCGGAAAGUGGAGUGCGUUGUCAACGGAAGCCGGAGGGCGGAGCCGCGGUUCCUACUACUGGGCGCCACGACAAGGCGUCAAGGUCGAAAGAACUCAACAUCCUUCAGCCACCCACCUGGGCUGACUGUCUGACUCUGAUAUCGCUUGAGAGCUUGACAGGUUACAACAUGUCUGAGACAUUGGGACUGUGCUCGUGGAUGAUCGGAUCAGUGAUCAGUGGCUUGCUAGACCCCCACUCCACGGAAGCCUGCCCCUCAGGCGUUCUUUUGGAAAUGUCACUCCGGUCGCCUACGGAAGAGUUGGCGUGCACCGUACCAACUGAACGAGUCCAAUCGUCCUCAACGCCCCUGACGCCGGUAACGCUAUGA